AUGGUUCGCCUGGAUCAAGAAGAACGUUACACGCUCCUGCCCCUGAGUUCUUCCAGUUCAAAUGACACAAAUCAAAAUGCGUCAUCUUCGGCUGGUGAGGAUAACAAUGGCACCAGCACCGAUAAUGAAGAUUCCAUUGAAUUUCAACAAAGGACUAAAUAUUUUCGUAAAAAAUUAGCUAAUGCUAUAUCGCGCACAACAACAAAACCUCGAAAAUUUUCCGCCUAUACAUCGGUAUCCGCAAAUCAAUCACCUGCUUCAUUAUCUGCGCUACUAUCAAAUAAUCGUCGUAAAUUGUAUAGCAGUCGAGGAUUUGGCAAGCGAUUUCUGCGACUACUCUUUUGUGUUUUUAUGAUACCUAUGUCGCUAUUUCUGCUCCUCUACAGUUCUAUAUUUUCCGGAUCGUCGUCACGACAAUACCCACUACCCGAUUGGGAUUUCGAUGUCUCACGUAAUAUAAGUGAUUAUGUUUUGCCACUGAACGACACGACGAUAUUGGAGCCACGACAAAAAUGUGCUGAUAAAUUUUUUCUAUUAAUUAUUGUAUGCUCCGGUUUGAAUAAUUUCGAAGCAAGACAAACAAUACGUGAAACCUGGGGCAAUACAACCGAAUUUAAUUACCACAUGUUUGAAAAACUACAUUCACAUUUGAGCGACAAAUAUUUGCCGACGAAAAAACAACGCCUGAAAUAUUAUCGGGAAUUUCUAAAAAUGAAUGGAAAUCAAACCUCAACGUUUCACACAGCCACUGUACCUGUGCGUAUUUUAUUUCUAUUGGGACAAAAUAAACAGGAAUUUGCACAACAGCACACAAGCAACGGUGGUGGUACUUUUGGAACAACAGCAACUAUAAGUAGUGGUAGCAGUCACAGCACUGGUGGUGGUGGCGGCAGCUCACUUUAUUUCAAUGAAACCCAGACACGCCUAAGACAAGAAGCCGAACAAUAUGAUGAUAUUAUACAAGAACAAUUUAUCGAUUCAUAUAAUAAUCUAACGAUUAAGUCAGUAAUGGCACUGAAAUGGAUCAAAGAACGAAAUUGCUUUCGACAGGCGGCGUUCUUUAUGAAAGUUGACGAUGACACCUUUGUUAAUGUGCCCAACCUGCUACAUUUCCUUUUGGGCGGCACUGUGCCCCUUUACAAUGAAACCUUAGAUUAUUACGAUAGUAAUUCCUAUCAAACGCUCUCCGAUUUAAAUCGUCUAAAUGCCACUGUCAACUAUAUGGUGGGUUAUAUGUUUUGUCGCGCUCCCGUCCUAUCGAAUGUCAAGAGUAAAUGGUAUAUGCCAUAUUAUAUGUAUCCGCAGGAUAUGUAUCCCCACUAUUUAUCCGGUUCCGGAUAUCUAAUGUCCAUGGAUGUUGUGCCCAAGCUGUAUAACGCUGCUCUCAACACAUCAUUGAUAUAUUUGGAAGAUGUCUAUGUGACGGGAAUAAGUGCCGAAAAAGCCCACUUAAAACGGCAUCAUCAUCCACUAUUCAAUUAUGCUAAAUCGAAACAUAUGUGCACCUAUAAGGGUAUGAUCUCAAUGCACAAGCUGCGUGUCGAAGAUAUGUAUGCCUCAUAUAAUUUCGUUACAAAUCUAACAUAUCAAUGCCCGCCACCGGGUAAAUAUUUUAAGCGUAUACGACUGCGUAGAUUAAAUGGUUGUGGUUAGGUGGUAU